AUGGCCGCCGCGGAGAUGGAUCUCCUAGAUCCGGAGUCCGCCAACAACACCAACAACUCUCCAUCCGAGACGCGCCCGCGCAAACGUCGCAGGCGAACAGUUGCUUGUACUCAGUGUCGCACCAGAAAACUAAAAUGCGACCGCGAGUAUCCAGCAUGCAGUCGUUGUCUCAAAAGCGGCAUUCCAGACAGAUGUAAAUACGAAGAUAGCUUUGUCUGGCAGCAGCCCAACACCGUCACUGCAUCAACAGCUACCGCAUCAUCUACAACAACACCACCAAAUGGAGGAAUUGCCGGAAUUGACCGGCUGAGUAGUACUAGUCAUAUUACGCUUCCUCCUCCAGGUCGUGUUGCGACGGACGCUUCUCCUAGGUUUGCUACUGUUUUACCGGCUUAUCCGAAGUCUGCGGCAGCAGUCCCGACACCAUUGCCGCUGCCGGCAUCCCAUUUGCAGCAGUCGUCCAGAGCUCGAUUUCUGGAUACUGUUUUGGAUGCGCCUAAUCCGCCUGUCAGCAAAACCUGGCGGGCGGAUGGAGAUGCGGCUCAGCCCGGUCACCCCGGUAGCUAUCAACAUACAUUGGCUACACCAUCGCAGAGACUUGAAUUGCCGAACAAAGUCAUGAUUCGAGGAAAGGAGACCAGGACUCGUUUCAAUGGCGGAGGAAUCAUGUCUAAUUUGAUGCUUCAGUUCCCUGAGCUAAAGGCUUUUCUUCGCGAAGUCAAGAGUCACAAUCCAAACUUUGCCAAAAUACGUAAUGCAAAAGAUGCACUCAAAUUCACCAGUCUCAAGUCCAAGCUCAAGGAGGCAAUUCCUAGUAUCAAUACGGCCACCCUGCUAUCGCUUCUCCCGCCAAAGCCGGUCGUGGAUAUGUUGCUGCGCUUGUACAUGCUCUAUGUAGAGUCCAUGCACCGCGUUAUUCACGUUCCAUCAUUUCGACGAGAGCUAGCCGAGCUGCAUGCUAACAUACACAAUCCCGAUAUGAUAUCGGCCGCCUUCGUUGUUCAGCUUUUGCUCAUGCUUGCUGCUGCGGUGGGAUUUUAUGAGGCAGAACCAUCACUUGAGUAUGCGGAUUUGACGGUUAGCAAUACUUUUCAGGUCGUGGACUGGAUACGCUAUUCGGAAAAAUGGAUGGACACGACAUAUAUCAAGCGACCAGAUAUGACUAUCUUACGCAUACAAUGCUUGCUAAUCAUUGCUAAGAACAAUCAAGGCCUGAAUCGUAGCCAGGCAUGGUUAGCUACAGGGAACUUGGUCAAGAUGGCCAUGCUGGCUGGUUACCACCGGGAUCCAGCCAACAUCCCGAAAAUCACCCUGUUCAACAAGGAAAUGCGAAGACGUAUGUGGGCCACAAUUAUUGAAUUGGAUGCUCAGAUUGCGAUUGAUAGAGGUAUGCCGCCGACUUUACAAGCGUCGGAUUUUGAUACUGCGUCGCCUCUGAAUAUCAAUGACGAUGAAAUCCAUGAAAGUACAACGGAAGAACCCCAUUCGCAUCCUCUCCAUGAGGUGACUGAUUGCACCUUCCAAGUUGUGCUCACCCAAUCACUACCACUACGACUCAAAAUAUUCAGCCUUAUGAACUCACCUGUCGUAUCGUGCUCUUAUGAAGAUAUCCUCCGACUUGAAUGGGAACUUGGCCGCUUCCAAGCCAGCCUGCCACAUUGGCAGGCCACCGCUGACCGAGAAAUAAGUCACAAACUCACGCUAUGGAGCGCUGUCCUCGAGACAAAACUCGGCCAAGCCCUUUUAGCAAUCCACACUCCCUUUGCCAUCGAAGCCAACGACGACCCUCUAUUCGAGCCCUCAUCAAGAGCCCGCCUGGAAGUCGCUACGGUCAUACUAUCGCGUCAUCUCAAACUCCACGAAACAUCCGCGCGACUUUCCUUUGGUCACUCAGCCGACAGCACAGUUCAGGCCUGUUUCUCCGUCCUCCAGCAUUUAUUCGCUCGACGAACGGGGUACACAUCUAACCUCUUACGUCAAGUCCUCCCCGCAUUCACAGAGUCCUUACUUGACCUCGUCGAAAAGACAAUCUCCUGCAUGGAAGCUAGGUUGCUACUAAUCAUCAAAGGCGCCAAGCAGUUUUUUUUCCUGUACAUGAUCUUUGCUUUGGUGAAAGCGGAGCUGUAUCCUGACCAGUCCGAGGAGAUCAAGAAGCUUAUUCUGGAUCGAAUUUUGUCGGUCACGUAUCGCAUUCUGCGGGGGUCGGAUGGGUUGAAUAUCCUUGAGGGAAUUGAUUUACAACCGUCUAUCUCUCAAGUUCCGAGCCUUGUGCCGGGCAAUGAGCAAAAUACGCCGCUCGAAAGUAUACCGGGGUCAUUUGACAGUAACAAUCUAUCCGAUCUCAUGUUAACACCGCCGGAUGACUUCAACAGCCUCCUCCAAGUCUUCGACUGGGAGGAGUUCUCCACCUUCCCAUUCUCCAUUUGA